AUGCCAAAAAAGAGCAAGAAAGACAAGAUUCCCUAUCCAGGGACCAAAGGGGAGCCCUUCACCGAGUUCUACUCCCGCAAAAAGUGGCGAACUGUGUUUCAGUCGCAAAUGUUGGAUUUGGCUGGCCGCGGCCUCUCCUCAGUGGGUACGCUGAUCAUCGGAACGGCUCUCGCGAAGAACCACACGAUAAGCUAUCUAAAUCUUGCGCAUAAUGACAUGGGGGAUGAUGGCGCCAUCGCGCUCGCGGAUCUGCUCCGCGUGAACGAAACGAUUCAUACGUUGGAUCUCUCGCAAAACUGCAUCACGGACGUCGGCGCCAUCGCGUUGGCAUCGGCGUUUUUGCCGAACGUCUCGCCGUCUGGGCAGCCAGGGCAGUGGAAUCGGACGUUGACUUCGUUGAUUUUGGUGGGAAAUGAGUGCGGGGAUGAUACGCUGCUUGCUUUUAGCAACGCCGCCGUCAGUCAUCACGGCUUUUCCACGAUCAACCUUAGUUGGAAUCGCAUCGGCGCGAAGGGAACUAGGAACCUGAUGCGCUGCUUCCAACACAAUCCACUUUGUAACUUUAUACUCUACGCGAACCAGUUGGGGGAUGAAGGGGUGGUGCAUCUCUGUGAGGCGCUGCGGUUGCACGGCGGGAAAGGGCAGGGCUCACUCAAUCUCUAUCGCAAUAGUGUAGGCCCUCGCGGCGCUGCUGCGGUCGCGGCCUUGUUGGAUGGAAAUGAUUAUCUCUUGGAGCUUGAUCUUUCCUCAAAUACGUUGGGUUUGCGUGGUACUCAGGAGAUUUGCCGGGUGCUCACGACGUCGACGUGUGUGCUGCGGACUUUGAAUCUCGCGGAUAACAUGAUCGGCGACGAUGGUGCGAAGGAGGUCGCCCGCGUUAUCUCUGCGAACUUACCCACAUUGAAUCGGUUGAAUGUGUCGGAUAACGAAAUCAACGAGAAAGGUUCCUUCCACCUGGUGAACGCGUUGCACAAAAAUACGAGUCUGCUCGUCGUGCAGGCUGGGAAAAAUACUUUUGGGUCCAAGGCAGUGAAGAGUAUCGAGGAGCUCGUGCGCACGACGAAGUCCCUUUGUUCGCUAAAUAUCAUGAACUGCGUUUCGUCCCCGGAACUGCGGUGGCGGCUUAGCUUAGCGGUUGGGGAAUCCGAUGGGGUGCACGUCGAAAUGGGUAACGAGACCACCGUUGAAAACGAAGAGGAGGGAGGUAUUUUAGCGCGUAUCAACGAGUAUGUUCAGGGAUUAGAGGAGCAGGAAGCGCAGCGCGCGAGAGAGGCCACUGCGGCGAAAAAACUUAGGCGUUCGAAAUCCAAGGUGGCUUGA